CGCGCCUCAGAAACUGGAGCGAAGGUCACAGAAGUCUUCUGUUACCCUCUGCGGGGCCGCAUCACCCGGUCAUAAUGCGCACUUAAUAAUGUGUGUUGAGCCCUAUACUUGUGUCCUACCUUUCAGUGUAAACAACGUAUCGUAUAUUGUGAAAAGUAACGCGUUAAAGGCUGUUUCAAGUCAGUUUCAGCUCGUGCACAUUUUCUAACGUGGACGUAAAAAAAAAAAGAGAAGUGCUUUUACAUUUAAGACAGAGUGACAGGUCUCUUAAUUAGUUCAGAGAACAUCUUCGAGGUGAAAAGAAGCCUAUUUUUGGUCAUGGUGAAAGGUCUUCUUUCCCAGAGAUCCUCCUGCAGCAGUCAUGGCAGAGAAUGUGCAACUCCUGUCCUCGCCGCUCAGCGGAGGAACAACUCCACUGCGCCUAAAAUAGCCGUGGAGUUUGACCAAAGCACCGGUGUGGCUGUGAUGCGUCUGCAGAGUCCACCGGUCAACAGCCUCAGUCUAGAUUUCAUCACGGAGCUCUGCAUCAGUGUGGAGAAGCUGGAGAUGGAUAAGAGCUGCCGAGGCCUCAUCCUCACCUCGAGCCAGCCCAAGGUGUUCUCAGCCGGCCUGGACAUCACGGAGAUGUACGGGAAGAGUCCAGAGCACUAUGGAGAGUUCUGGAGAGCCGUCCAGGAGAUGUGGCUGAAAAUCUACGGCUCCAGCAUGGUCACCAUAGCUGCAAUCAAUGGCUCCAGUCCUGCAGGCGGCUGUCUCAUGUCUAUGACGUGUGACUACAGGAUUAUGGCGGACAACCCGCGUUACAGCAUCGGCCUCAAUGAGACGCAGCUGGGCAUCGUGGCGCCUUUUUGGUUUAAGGACACCAUGACGAACACAGUGGGCCACAGAACCACAGAGGUGGCUCUGCAGCUGGGGCUGCUCUACAACCCGUCCGAGGCCCUGAAGAUAGGACUGGUGGACCAGGUGGUACCUGAAGACCAGGUCCUCGCCACAGCCACGCAGACCAUGACCAAGUGGUUGGCUAUUCCAGACCACGCCAGAGCGCUCACCAAGUCCAUGAUGAGGAAGCCAACCAUCGACAAGCUGACGUCCAACCGAGAGGCCGACAUCCAACACUUUGUUAACUUCAUCACCAAAGACUCGAUUCAGAAGUCGUUGGGCAUUUACAUGGCGAUGCUUAAAAAGAGAAGGGCUAGAGGACAGAGGGCACACGUAUUGAGUGUUACGCGUGUUUGGGGGAGUUCAUGACACUAAGCAGUAGACACAAAGCAUCUUCCUUCAGUGUCACAUGUUCAUCGGUGUCUAUUGUGCAGAGAUCGUUGAGUGCAGCUCCCUGCAGCAGCUCACAUUCACCGCAGUGGAACACUGGUGGUUGGGUCGUGAUUAGGCUCGGCUGUAAUCCGACUUCAAUAUUUUAUUUACUUAUUUGUAUUAAUUUUAUUGUUUAUUUUGGUACAUAGUGUUUAUUAAUUUAGCCUUGUCUAUAGCCAUUUUCUCAACUGCUACUGCCUCUUGGCCAGGUCAUCAUUGUAAAUGAGAAUUGGUUCUCAAUUGAUUUUACCUGGUUAAAUAGGUCAUAUAUAGCUGUGGGGGAGUGGCUCAGGGAACAGGUGCUGGGAAGAGGCCUGAUUGGCCUCAGCUGUUGGGAAUCAGGGUGAUUGAGUCUCUGCACUAUAUGGGCUGCAAUGGAGGUGCAGGGAUUGGACCGGCAGAGCAGACACUAAAUAAAGUAUCUUGCCAAACGUUA